CAUACAUACGUCACUUGUGUUCAGAUGACAAGAUUCUGCUGGAUGUCUGUGACGAUAGCCUUGAUCCUGUUCACUGGAAAGGCUUUUUCUGCUGUGGACCAGAGCCAACUUGCAAACCUUGUGGAUGAGAUCUGGAAAAGGUACAAAGAGAACAAGAUGUUCAGUGUGGCAGUAAGCAUCCCAAAGAAGGAGAACAUGGACCAGAUUUAUGACAUAAACCAAUGCUUCAGUGGUGUGGAUGAUGCCACAAUAAAGAAGGCAUUAAAAGAAGGCAAAGUUUUUAAUGAAGGCACAAUAAAAGCAGCUAGAGUUAAGAAAAUAAAAAGAGAGUAUGUUCAUGCAAAGUACCGUGUUCUGACGAAUUGUGACGCCUUACUCAACAGAAAAUAUGACACUGAACAUGAUCUUUUGCUUUUCUUUGUUCUUGGAUCCCCAUGCUACCACAAAUGUACCAAUGAAAAUGAUCCCAAAAACAUUAUCAAGUAUUUAAAACUCAUUAAGCGGUGGAAACAUUAUGCUUUUGUAUUUAGUUACACACCCAACUCAAAGAAUCCAAAACUUUCUGUUAAUGAGGACCAGCUCAGAGAAGCCCUUGAGAAACUUGGGAAUACUCUCGGCCUUCAGAAUAUUUUCCAUUGUGUGAAAUUAAAAGAUCACAUGCAGUGCAGAAGUUGCUCUCAUAAUAACCAGGUUGCACAGUAUUGUGUUUCAGAUACUGAUGAAAAUGGAGGAGAUGAAAACAGAGGAAAAGAAAACGGAGGAGGGUUAGGUGAAAACAGAGGAGAUGAAAAUGGAGAAGAAAACAGAGGAAAAGAAAACAGAGAAAAAGAAAACGGGGGAAAAGAAAACGGGGGAGGAUUAGGUGAAAACAGAGGAGAUGAAAAUGGAGAAGAAAACGGAGGAAAAGAAAACGGAGAAAAAGAAAACGGGGGAGGAUUAGGUGAAAACGGAGAAAAAGAAAAUGGAGGAAAAGAAAACGGGGGAGGAUUAGGUGAAAACAGAGGAGAUGAAAAUAGAGAAGAAAACGGAGGAGGGUUAGGUGAAAAUGGAGAACAAGAAAACGGAGGAAAAGAAAAAGGGGGAGGAUUAGGUGAAAACGGAGAAAAAGAAAAUGGAGGAAAAGAAAACGGGGGAGGAUUAGGUGAAAACAGAGGAGAUGAAAACAGAGGAGAAGAAAAUGGAGGAGGGUUAGAGUUUAAAGAAGCACAGCUGAGGCUGGCAGGGAUGUCAGAAUUUUGA